CAUCGCUUCAGUAAACAAAUAUCUGACGUCCCGACAGAUGUCAAGCUAACUCAAACCAGCCUCGCCGAUAUUUGAGGAUUCAUUUUACUGCAAAUAAAGUGAAAAUAGACAUUUGACAGAAAACUUGUUGUUUAUUUAGCUGGGUUUCAUUUGUUGUUCGUUACUUUGCUAAUGCUAAUUAGCUGGCAACCUAGCUAGCUCAACUGCAACAAAAGUAAGCCUAGCUAGUUUACGUAUUUCUCUUUGUAAUAAAGUCAUUGACGUGAAUAUUUAAAUAAUGUCUGGACCAAACGGGGAUCCCAACAUCUCAGCGGAGGACGGCAUUAUCAACGACGAAGAUGAAUUCGAGGAGGAAGAGUAUGAAGCCAUCAACUCCAUGCUGGAUCAGAUCAACACCUAUCUUGAUGACCUGGAGGAACGUAACGAUUCACUCAAUGGCAAACUGCACGAACUAAUGGAGUCGAACAGGCAAGCCCGGAUGGAGUUCAGGGCCCAGCUGCUUGGCUCCCAAAAUGAGGAGGGGCAAUGUCCUGCAGACGGGGACGACUCCUCAACCAGCAAAGAAGACCAGAGCAAGGAUGGUGGGGAUUGAGCUCAGCAAAAUACGGAGAUGGAAAUAUUUAUGAAAGCUGACUCGACCUCUAACCUCUGUUUGUUGGACUGACGACCCUCGACCUGCAUAGUCCAUGUCUAUCCAAUGCUGUGAAUUUACCUCCACCAUCAAGUAUAUGUGUGUAAAACAGUGAUAUUUUGCUCCUCUUCCAUCACUGAACUACAUCUAGGUUUUCUCCUUUUGUUGAACUGUAGUGUGCCGAUGUUUGGAAUUUAUAGACCUUUAGCAGCUUCUUAUAGAAGUUACCUGGGGCGUUACGGUGAGAUUUAAGUCUCGAGUUGAUGUUUAAAAAGCUGUAUGCCUUUGCUUUGUUAAAGUCCAAGUGGGACAUCAUGAGAACAUAUUCUAAAAAUCAGGAUCACACGAAAAGCUGAUGACAAAAAUAACUUAAAAACUACAGUAACCAGCCUAAAAUCGAACUUCUGUGUUGUGUGUUGAUCCAUUCGGUGUUGACAGUCAGCUUUGUAACAGCUGUGCACUCUGUGUUCUUAUUUGUUUCACACAGAAAAUAAGUAUGCAACAUUCCAUAUGUUUACCACUGUAUUACAAUUUUUUAAUGUGCAGCAUGACUAUGAAUAUGUCAAUCUGCUGUCCUCUUAAUUGUCAUUAAUGUGUUUAGGUUAAGAUAGCAGCCUUAGGAGUGUUUGUAUAUUAAGUGCUGUCCUAAAUUAAAAGUCAAAAUGAAGUCGACAAAGUGUGGGAAUUGUCAGACAUUUUAAUAUAAAUUAAAAUGACCCCCGCCCACCCCAAACAGAAAACAAAAUCCAAAAAUACAUGAAACUUCCAGCAGUUAGAAAACAUCACCGGUUUGUUCAUCUCAAUUGAGUCAGUAGCUGAAUAAAAAUACGAUAAGAAACAUA